AUGGACGAUUACGCUCCGCCAUCUGGCCCUCCGCCGCCAAAGUCCCCCGAAGUGCCGGCGGGCUGGGCCGCUCGCUGGAACGAGCAGUACAAAGAAUGGUUCUACGUCAAUCUGUACACGAAACAGUCGCAAUGGGAGAAGCCCACUGUCCCUGCGUUCCCCCCCGCCGACAACAACCACGACGAGCCCCCGCCCGGGUAUGAGCCCGCCAGCGGCCCCGCGCCUACUGAUACCAAGAAGAACCCGUACCAGGAGGACCGGCCUGCCUCUGCCGCCGUCGGCGGCUCGUCGACCGAGGACGAGGACGCCAAGCUAGCUGCCAAGCUGCAGGCCGAGGAGGACGCCAAGGCGCGCGGGAACCCGGGCGGUCCACAGCCUCCUGAGCAAUAUCCGCACGACCUGCCGGCGCGGGACCGUGAGAAAGCAAAGGCUGGCGGCUUUCUGGGCAAGCUCUUCGGCAAGGGCAAGGCGCCGAUGGGGGGCUCACAAGGCGGCUACGGAGGAUAUUCGCCACAGCCGCAGCAGGGCUACUACCAGUCGCAGCCGCAAUACGCCGGGUAUCCGCAGCACGGUGGCUACGGUGGAGGCUACGGGGCCCCGGGAGGCUACGGCGGCGGGUAUGGCGGGGGAUACGGCGCGCAGCCCGGGUUCGCGCAACAGCAGCCGGGUAAGAAACCGGGCAUGAGCGGCAUGGGCAUGGGACUUGCCGGUGGCGCUCUGGGCUUGGGCGCGGGCGUGCUCGGUGGUGCGCUCGUGGCGGAUGCAAUUCACGACCACGACCAGGAGUCGUACAUGGACGGAUACGCGGACGGCCAGGACAAUGAUUUCGGCGGCGGUGAUUUCGAUGGCGGUGAUUUCGGCGGCGGCGACUUUUAA